AUGUAUGCUGCAAAGGACAACCGAUGGACGAAGAUGAUUGCCAAAAGGAGACCAUGGAUUUGUGAACGACAAGCUGGCCGACCAAAAACAAGACGGAGAGAUUCGUUCGUAUCGGAUUUUGGAAAAACAUGGAGGCGAAUCGCCACUACUGAUGAAGAGUCCGAAAUCAUCAAUGCGUACGUCCAUUCUUCAAUGGAGGCAGCUGAAAUUUCGGCACUUCGGAAACGGAUACGCACAGCCAAAACGGCAAUUGGCACCGAAGCAAACAAGCUAGAGGCUGCAAUGGAGAAAUUCAGCGAAACAGUGGACAGGUUGAACAACAAGACGCAGUCACUCCCAGAGAUUAUUGAAAGGAUUGAAACAAAUACUACAGCAGCACAAAUUCUUCUGUACAACGCGAACAAAGCGCUGGCAAGGCUAAUCCGACUUCAAGAGGAGCUUGAAUUCAACCAGGAACAAAGCUCGCUUAACAGAAACAUUGACAACCUCUUCAAGUUCAACUACCUUCUUGACGCCCUCGAAGGAGACGCAGAAGAAUCUGUUUCGAGGUCUCGGGAAGUACCUACCAAUUGGGGAACACGUCGACAAUGUUUUCCUGCAAAAGGAGCUGCUUGCGAAGUUCUCGGUGGAUGUUCAGAGGCAUAUCUUGCGGCAGAAAACGCAGUUGAAGAACGAAGGAAAUUGGAGUACGGCAGCUUUGCUCUCAGCAGCAAAGGAGCAUAUCAAUACCGAGCUUAA